CGUUCAAGGUGCACGCACGUCGAUUGGCGUCUCCUAGCUCCAAGUCCAUACAUACAUUCGUGUAUUCGCAGCAUUACUUUUGCGUGAGCAUCAUCAUCUUCCUUGCUAAAAAGUUUGAAAUUUUUUCUCUCAAAAGAUUUGGUUGGUCACCCAAAACCAGAACAGUUGCUGAUACCACUACAGAGUUCUGCUAAUAACUCAGCCUCAAUAAAAGUGGGCGUUCGAAUAAACAGUUUAAAUAAGUGGUGGAAAGUGUGAAAUAGUUGAUAGUUUUGUCACCCUGCAUAUUUUAUACAAGUACAUAACCUUAUCUUUGAUCCGAUUGGAUGCGUCUCAUCUUCCCAAUUUCAUGGACCUUCACAAAAACAUAAUUUCUUCAUUUAGAAUGAUAUGCAAAUUUUGGGAUGAAAAUUUAAUUCAAUUACCAAACUGAAACUAUACAAAAAAAACUGCGGCAUCUUUGCAUAAAGUGAAAAAAUUGAACCGUGAGUGAGUAGAAUACUAAAAAUAAAGGUGUAUUAAUAAUUUCACCACGACGGACUUGAACCGAAUGAAUUACCGUAAGUGUGUGGAGGAGUGCGUUUAAAGUAAAAAAGUAGAAGAAGCAAUUACUUCUUGUACGAAAUUUCUGUGUGUUUAGUUCGGCUUCGGGCUGGUAAUGUUUUUCAUAGCCUUUUUUCUCGUGCAAUUACCAAAGCCAGGCAAUGUGUAUGCAGUUGUAUUGAAUAAGAGUAGUUUUGUUUAAGUAGAUAAAGGGUAAAAGUAACUGGGCUCGGAAUAAUUAUAAAAAAAGAGUGAGUAGGAAGUGCAACAACGAGCCAAGGAAUUCUUUUGAUUCGGAAAAAAAAGAAUUAAGGAACCCAAAGAAAAGCUACAGGACUACGGUUCUCUCAGUGUUUCAAGUUGAGAAACGUGAAGGUAAUUGUUUUCAAUGCCUGCCAAAUAAACAAGAUUUCUUCAUCAUCUUUGUACACGGGAUAUUGAACCGAACCAUGUCGUCGAGCAGUGAACAACGGGCCGUGAUAUACGUGGAGUCAGGAACCUCGUUGAGGUCAUCCACCACGACCAUGUUGGAAAAGUCGGCAUCCAACAGUGUCCCCCAUCAUCCGGGGUCCAACUAUGUAAUCAAGAUCCAGAUCGGGGAGGAACCAAUGUUGGGACUCAUGUCUCAUCCGGUGAGGAUUGACGUCUCCUCCACGUCUGGGAGGCCUCUCGUCUCCCUCAAACAAAAGGUCGAGCAGCAUCACAACUGUCCUUGUGAGGAAGAAUCGUCAUCUUCUUCCUCUGGGCAAUCUUCUCCUCGCUCCGAUAUGACUCCGCCGCCCAGGAUGAAUAUCAAUUUGGGUGGUUCAAGUGGUGGCAAUCGAUUUGGAAGUGAAACCUCCGAGUCUGACACGGAGUCGGAUAUUUCGGCCGAAUUCCGUCCAUUGUCCUGUCAAGCGGCACAAUUUGCUUUGAGAGAAAUUUGUGAGGCGGACUCCCCGUCGCCCCCGCUUCUUCCGAGGAGCAUUAUGAAGAAGGUAAAAGUUGGCAGUGGUGGUGGUGGUGGUGGUGAAGAUGAUAAAAUCGCAGUACCGCCACCCCUUCCGGAAAGCAAGGCUCCCAUUUUGCCACCACCACCUUCAUCUGCUCAACUUGAUGGUCAGGUAGAGCAGAUUCACACUGUUCAGAACACGGCUGGCGUCAAUGCGACCGUGGCAGAGUCUUCAGCAGCCAAACAACCAGAGGCACCGACCAAUAUUCUGGGUGCAAUUAUGACACUGUCCGAGUCAAUGGCGUUGAAACGGGCGCAGAAAGCGGCUGCAGAAGCAGUUUUGGAGCAUCAAGCAGGAAAACAGUCCUUUGCCACGCACAAGGUCGUCGUAAUGGAUGAGAGUGGCUUUCAUGUGAAUGAAAUGGUGGGAUUUUCACGGUCUCCAGCAAGUCUAACUCCGAAUAAUAAGGGAGCCACGAAGGAUGCGGCGGCUGAAGAAUCACUCAGCAAUUUUGCAGGUGUUCGGGAUAUAUUUUCCAGGAGGGCAGGAGAGGGCACGAAGCAGAUUUUGAGUGAUAGAGGCACCAUUCGAGGUGUGAAGAAUAGAGUGCGAGACGGAAUUGCUACUUUUCUCCAGUCAAAGGAUACGAAGACUUACAGCGAGAAGGAACAAGGUCGCGUUGUGGUGUACACGACGUCAAUGGGCGUUGUUCGAGCCACCUUUCUCCGUUGCCAGAAAGUGAAACAAAUUCUAAGAAAUUUACUCGUCAAGUUUGACGAGCGAGAUUGCUACAUGAACCGGUCAAUUCAGAACGAAAUUCGAAACCGCCUUCCAAAUCAAAUGUUGGCACUUCCGCAAGUCUUUCUAGAGGGGCAGCUACUUGGGGAUGCCGAUGCAAUUGAAAAGCUCAACGAAACUGGAGAACUCCGGGACUUGCUCAAACCAUACAAGAGUUUGUCGGUGUUGAGCACGUGUGAAAAGUGUGGAGGUUUCCGGAUGCUCCCAUGUCAAAUUUGUAACGGGUCGAAAAAGUCUGUUCACAGGAAUCACUUUACGACAGAGUUCAUCGCUUUGAAGUGCAUGCAUUGCGACCCCUCUGGCCUCGUCCGCUGUGACCUCUGCAAUUCUCCAGAUCCUUAAAGUGUCCGGUUCAUAAAUUGAAUUUCAGUCAGGCAUGGAGCCCCCUUUGAGACCAAUGUUCAUCAUCAUCACCAACAAGAUCAGGACGAAAUGAAGAUGAAAUGAAGUGAAAAAAUGAACGAACAAAUUAUACAAUGAAUAAUUAAUGCUGACUGGAUUUAUUUCGAGUUUUGUACCUUAAAGAUUUAAAAAACUAUUUAAUUUUUAUAAAUUUUUGUAUCACGAGAAGAAUCAAAUCUUGUAGAAUUUUUGUUCAGAUAAGUCCAAUUUGUGUGAUUUUUUUUUGUAUACAAGAGAUUUGUUUGUGAAGUAAGAACGAAUGCUACAAUUAUGGUGAAAACGCCUUUUUUAUGAAUUAGUAAUGUAUCUAGGCUGGAGUUUUAUCGAGUGAAAAAAUCAAGUCCUUGUAGAUCCUUAGUUUUUAGAUGUUGUUUUUCUGACCUGUACAGCUUAAACAUGUCUCAGAUUAUAUCUUCUUGACGUAUUUUUUGUGUAAUAAUCUUUUGUAUUUCGCAGUACAAAUUAGUCAUUCUAUAAAUAGUCCCAGAAAAACUCUUGAUAAUUGAUAUGAAUUCCUCCAAAACAUCGUCUUACUCGUUCAUAAUAAUAAUUUUAAUUAUUUACAUUUAUGUUCUCUUCUAUUUACUCGCUCCACUACAAUUUCCUUCAUACAAAAUUCUAACAAGUUUGCACAUAAUUUAUUACAAUUGAAUUAUUAAUUAACUAAUUUUACGAUAGGUAAUGUAUUAUAUAAAGAAUGCAUGUAUGUGAAAAUGUAAGAGUAAAUAUGAUUUAAUAUGCUGUUGUAAAUCGGUGGUGUGAAUUUGUGUGCUAAAAACAGUGAAAUAAAUUUGUAGACUACAACUACAGUACUAUUCGUGAA